AUGAGGGACGUUACAAUUACGCCGGACGAAAAUAUAUAUUUGGCUAAAGACACAGAUGCCCCAGAUGAUUGGCAUUCUGAAACGACAUCUAUUGCAUCCAACUUUUAUCAGGGAUUAAUAGAAAAUGGCCGAAGAUACCAAACCCUCCGCGAGAGCGGCGUUCACGUUCCUGCCGAUGACAAAAUGUUUCAGACUUAUGAAAUAUGCCACUUGGUACUCGUGACCCUUGAUUCCCACCUUAAGAACCCUUUAUUCCAGGCACCAGUUCAGAACCCGAGGAAUAUACUUGAUAUUGGAACCGGGAAAGGUAAUUGGGCCAUCGAUGUGGCCGAUAUGUUUCCAGAUACAACGGUCCGUGGCGUCGACCUCUUCCCGCCUCCAGAAACCUGGAUACCACCCAACUGCAUUCUGGAAGUCGACGACAUUCUUCAGGAUUGGACUUGGCGCGAACCCUUUGAUUUAAUUCACCUCCGAAUACUUGAUUGUGCAUUCACUUCCGAAGAGACAGAUCGUGUAUAUGAAUUAUGCUAUAAUCAUUCAUCGCCGGGUGGAUGGAUCGAGCAAGUCGAACUGAGCGCCUUCGUGGAAUGCGACGAUAACAGCAUGGCCGAGGAUAGUAUCCUUCGAAGCUGGGGCCCGAACCAAACCAUGGCUUCUGAGACAGCAGGCCGAAGAUUUGAAAUCAUGCACACGAUGCAGGGAUCAAUGGAGAAGGCUGGGUAUACAGAUUUCCAUGUCAAGGAUUACAAAUUGCCGAUCGGACCAUGGCCACGAGACAAACAGCUCAAGGAAGCUGGGUCAGUCAAUUUCCACCACUGGAUAGAAGGAAUGGAGGGCUAUUGCAUGUGGCUUUUGACAAGGUAUGGGCAUCCGAAGCCUUGGUCGAAGGAAGAGGUUCUUGUUUAUUUGGCCGAACUCCGGAAAGAAAUCAUCAACCCACGGAAUCAUUGCUACCAUAGGGCGUAA